CAGUCGAUCCCAGAGAUUCCUGCCACCCGGAAAUCAGCUGAGUGCAGACGUGACCCGCGCAGGGUCCGAACCGGAGCUCCGUCAUGGUGUUCGAGUCGGUGGUGAGCGACCUGCUGAACAGGUUCAUCGGAGACUACGUGGAGAACCUGGACAAGUCCCAGCUGAAGAUCGGCAUCUGGGGAGGACAUGUCGUCCUGGAGAACCUGAAGGUCAAAGAGAACGCUCUGAGUGAGUUCGACAUUCCGUUCAGAGUGAAGGCUGGACAGAUCGGGAAACUGACGCUGAAGAUCCCCUGGAAGAACCUGUACAGCGAGGCGGUGGUGGCCACGCUGGAAGGUCUCUACCUGCUGGUGGUUCCUGGAGCCACUGGAUCUCAGCUGAAGGUGUGUCCGUAUCAUGCCAUAAAGUACGAUGCAGUGAAGGAGGAGCGCUACCUGCAGGAGCUGAAGCAGAGGGAGCUGCAACGCAUCGAGGAGGCGCUGCAGCUGGCUGUACGCCGAGCGUCUCAGACUGGAGAUCUGCUGUUCAGUCUGGAGAGUGUUGUUUACAUGGAGCCGCACAACGUCCCAAAAGGACGCAAAAAACAAAAAAAGCAAAAAAAAGGCUUCAAGAAGCUGAAACGCCCUGACAACAAAGCAGAUAAACCUCAGGAGGAGAAGAAGGACACAUUUGUGGAGAAACUGGCCACUCAGGUGAUCAAGAACCUGCAGGUGAAGAUCAGCAGCAUCCACCUGCGGUACGAGGACGACGUGUCAGACCCACAGCGCCCCCUGUCUAUGGGACUGACCCUGUCAGAGCUCAGCCUGCAGACCACUGAUGAGAACUGGAAGUCGUGUAUCCUGAACGAAGCAGCAAAGAUCAUCUAUAAGCUGGGCCGGCUGGAGUGUCUCUGUGCCUACUGGAACGUCAACAGUCCCAUCUUCUACAGAGGAUCAUGGCAGGACAUUGUGGAUCAGCUGAAAUGUGGGAUCAGCAGUAAGGAGCAGGAUCUGCCGAAGCAUCACUACAUUUUCAAGCCCAUCUUUGCCUCGGCUAAAGUGUGCAUCAACCCCAAUGCUGAGCUGGAGCUGAAGACUCCCAAGGUGGACCUUCAUCUGGAGGUCCAGAACAUCGCCAUCGAGAUGACCCAACCACAGUACCUGACCAUGGUGGAGCUGCUGGAGUCCAUCGACUGCAUGGUGAAGAACGCCCCCUACAGGAAGUUCCGGCCUGACGUCCCCGUCAGCAGAAACGCUAAACUCUGGUGGAUGUACGGCUUCAACAGCAUCCUGGAGGUCCACAUCCGCCGCCUCAGCCACAUGUGGUCCUGGUCCAACAUCCGGCAGCACCGCCAGAACCUCCGGGCCUACAAGACCGCCUACAAGACCAAACUGCUGAGCCAGACCAAGCCGGGCCAGGACGCCGAGAGACACAUCCAGGAUCUGGAGAAGGUUCUGGACGUGUUCAACAUCACGUUGGCCCGACAGCAGGCCCACAUGGAGGUGAUCCGGUCCGGACAGAAGAUGGUGGGGAAGAAGACGUCUGGAGGAGGACGAGGAGGCUUCUUCAGCAGCUGGUUUGGGAGGAAGGCGAAGAAGGAGGAGCAGGAGGUGGAGGAGAGCUCAGAGAGUUCAGGACUGGACCAGCUGAUGACGGCCGAGGAGAAGGACAAACUCUACACGGCCAUCGGCUACAGUGGCAGCUCCCACAACCUGGCUCUGCCCCGACAGUACGUGGCCAUGGUCGUCACUUUCCAGCUGCUCAGGACUUCGGUGACGGUCAGAGAGCAGCCAGACCUCCCAGAGAUCCUGAAGAUCCAGAUGAUCGACCUCAGCACCAGAAUCUCCCAGAGACCUGGAGGUCAGGCCUUCAGGGUGGAGGCGGCGCUGCAGCACUGGUUCGUUACCGGGCUUCAGCAGCAGGGGGCGGUGCCAUCGCUCAUCGCCUCCGUCGGGGAUUCGUCCUCGUCUCUGCUCAGUGUUGUGUUCGAGCUGAAUCCUGAGGAGAGCGCCAGCGACCAGCUGCUGAGAGUCCACUCCCAGCCGGUGGAGAUCAUCUACGACGCCCUGACGGUCAACAGCGUGGUGGACUUCUUUAAGACGGGGAAAGGUGUCGAUCUGGAGGUCCUGACCUCGGCCACGCUGUCCAAACUGGAGGAGAUCAAAGAAAAAACUGCCACAGGUUUGUCUCACAUCAUUGAGACCAGGAAGGUUCUGGACCUGCGUAUCGACCUGAAGCCAUCCUACCUCCUGGUUCCCCAGUCUGGGUUCUACAGCGACUCCUCAGACCUCAUCAUCAUCGACUUCGGCAGCUUCCAGCUGAACAGUGUGGACCAGAGUCUCGGCUCGUCUUCGUCCUUCUCGUCUCUGGAGGAGAUCAUGGAUCGAGCUUAUGAGAGAUACAACGUGGAGCUGAGACGAGUGCAGGUGCUCUACAGCAAGUCAGGUGAGGCCUGGAAGUCGGCUCGGCUCCAGGGUUCUUCAGUCCAACACGUCCUGCAGCCGAUGGACUUCACGCUGCACCUGGCCAAGUGUAUGGUGGAAAAGGACGCCAGGAUGCCCAGAUUCAAGGUGUCGGGGGAGCUGCCGCUGCUGCAUGUUAAGAUCUCAGACCAGAAGUUCCAGAACAUCGUGGAGCUGGUCGACGGCAUCCCGCUGCCCAACAUGGUCUCUUCCCCCUCCACCCCCACGGAGAAGGUGCUGUCCUUGGCGGAGUCCAGACCUCGGCCAAUCAGCCUCCAUCCUGCCCUCCUGGAUACCACGGAGACAGAUACAGAUGAGGACACCAGUGAGAAGUCCAUGGAUGAGGAACACCAGCGCUCGGCUCUGGAAGAACUCACCGACCUUCACUUCAAGUUUGAAGUCAAAGAGGUGCUGGUGGAGCUGACCCGACAGUUGGACCAGGAGAAGACCAUCCUGUCCUUCAGCGUCUUCCAGCUGGGAGCUGAAGGGAAGAGGCGGAGCUUCGACCUGAGCGUCACCUCCUACCUACGACGAAUAACGCUGGACUACUGCGAUGUUCCAGACGGCAGAAAUCAUCCUCUCCACCUGAUCAGCACCUCAGAGCAGCAGGACUCCAACCUGCUGAAGGUGGAGUUUAUCAAGGCCGACCCCAGCAGCCCCAGCUUCCAGACUCUGUUCGACAACACUGAGCAGACGCUGAAGGUGGAGUUUUCCUCUCUGGAUUUCCUCCUUCACACCAAAGCUCUGUUGUCAACGAUCAAUUACCUGAACAACGCCAUGCCGCCACAGCUCGGUGCCGACCGAGAGUCCAAAAAACAGGUGGAGAAGAUGGGCCACGGCCGGACAGUGUCCAGAGGAGCUAAAGAUGGAGGCGUCUACAGCUUCAAGCUGUUCGCCAUGCUGGGUUGUUUCCACGUGGAGGUCAGCGACGACCGCCGCAGCAUCGCCGACAUCAGAGUCCAAGGAAUCGAUGCUUCAGUGUUGGUGCAGCCGAAGGCCACAGAGGUGUUCGCUCGACUCCGAGACAUCGUGGUCACAGACGUCAACCCCAACACCGUCCACAGAAAGGCGGUGUCCAUCAUGGGUGAGGAGGUGUUCAACUUCCAGCUCUCCCUGUUUUCAGGGGCAACGGAGGGGGAGGGCUACAGCGACAUGUCCAAGGUGGACGGGAAGGUCAAGAUGCGUCUGGGCUGCAUCCAGAUCAUCUACCUGCACAAGUUCCUCAUGUCUCUGCUGGCUUCUUUUAGCUUUCAGUAUGCGUCUGCUGAUGAGACGUUUGUCGACAACUUCCAAACGGCUAAAGAAGCUCUGAGCGCCGCCACGGCUCAAGCGGCUGAGAAGGCUGCGUCCAGUGUUCGAGACUUUGCCCAGAAGAGUUUCCGUCUGUCCAUGGACAUCCGGCUGAAGGCUCCGCUCAUCAUCAUCCCCCAGUCUUCUACCUCCCACAACGCCAUGGUGGUGGACCUGGGUCUGAUCACGGUGGGAAACAGCUUCUCUCUGCUGCCGGCUGAAGGCUUCCCUCUGCCGGCUGUUGUAGAGAAAAUGGACGUCCGGCUGACGCAGCUGAAACUCUCCAGAACCACACUGAAGCCAGACUCCGCUCAGCCAGACAUUGAGAUCCUUCAGCCAAUCAACUUAGAGCUGCUCGUCACCAGAAACCUGGCUGCCUCCUGGUUCUCCAAGAUCCCCGGUGUGCAGGUCCAGGGCGUCCUCCGGUCCCUCAGUAUGAGUCUGGGUGAGGAAGACGUCGGUGUUCUAAUGAAGAUUCUGAUGGAGAACAUUGGUGAGGGAAGCAAAGAGCACAUUAUGGAUGUCAGAAGACAGGUAGCCCAAGAGAAGGUGGAGCUCCAUGGGCAGCAGGUGGAGACAGGAUCAUUGCAGUCUGGACCUGACGGUGUGAUGGCCACCACCAACGAAGCUCUGACUGAAAACACUGUCAAUGUUCUCCUCGACUUCGAAAUCCAAGAGGUGCUUCUGACUCUGAAGAAGCCCCGGCAGCAGACGGAGUUGCCUUUCCUCGUCUUUCACGUUGCUCACCUGGGCAUCAACACCAAAGUCAGGAAGUACGACAUGUGUGCCACGACAUACAUCAACAAGAUCACCAUGAAAUGCCUGGAGUUCACAGACUCCAGUGGCGAGCCGCUCUGCCUCAUCAGUUCUUCGGUGGCACCUGGAGCUGAACUGCUCAAAGUGCAGUAUUUCAAGGCCGACCGCUCCGGACCGAACUUCUCCACCAUCUACAAAAACACUGAGCAGAUGAUCAACGUGACUUUCACCUCUCUGGACCUGAUGCUCCACACUGAAGCUCUGCUGUCCACCAUCAACUUCCUAUCUGCAGCGCUGACGUCCAGCAGCAACACCACUGUAGAGAGAGACAACCGACCGAAGAGCGACGACAGAACGGCCAGGACCACUGCACUGAUGUCACUGGCAGACUGUGAGGUCAUCGACAUGAAGGUGAUGGUGGCGCUGGGAGCUUUUAAUGUCCUCGUGUGCGACCAGACCUGCAACAUGGCCGACAUCAAGAUCCAAGGUGUUCACGGCUCUCUGCUGAUUCAGGGACCUCAGACUCACAUCUCAGCUCGCCUACAAGACUUCAUCGUUCUCAACGUGGAUCCGAGGAGCAUCCACAAGAAGGCCAUCUCCAUCGUUGGGGACGAGGUGUUCAGUUUCUCCAUGAAUCUGACCCCGAACGCCACCGAGGGCGCCGGCUACACUGACACCUCCAGAACUGACGGCAGGUUGAAGCUGAACCUGGGCUGCAUCCAGGUGGUUUACCUGCACAAUUUCAUCAUGUCUCUGGUGAACUUCACCAACAACUUCCAGAUGGCUAAAGAAGCUCUGAGUGCCGCCACGGCUCAGGCGGCUGAGAAGGCUGUCUCCAGCGUUCGAGACUUCGCCCAGAAGAGUUUCCGUCUGUCCAUGGACGUCCGGCUGAAGGCUCCACUCAUCAUCAUCCCCCAGUCUUCUACCUCCCAUGAUGCACUGGUGAUGGACCUGGGUCUGAUCACGGUGGGAAACAGCUUCUCUCUGCUGGCCAUCGACGGAUGUCCGCUGCCGGCCGUCAUUGACAACAUGGAUGUUCAGCUGACGGACGUGAAACUCUCCAGGACCUGCAUGGACCCAGUCUCGGACCGUCCCGGCACUGAGCUGCUGGAACCAGUCAACCUGCACCUGAACAUCAAGAGGAACCUGGCAGCUUCCUGGUACAAGAAGAUGGCCGCUGUUGAGCUCGAUGGAGAUUUGAAGCCCAUGAAGCUGGAACUCAGUCAGGACGACCUGAAGAUGCUGCUCAGGAUCCUGACGGAAAAUCUGGGGGAGGCCGGCAGCCCGGAGCCCAGCGCUGCAAGACAGGAAGCGGGUCUGCAGGUCCGACCUGCAGGAGCGCCCCUAACAGGUGAUGCCGAGAAGCCGACGGUGAGGCGUGAGGAGGAGGAGGACAAAGGUCUGGAAACCAUGAAGUUUAACUUCAACAUUGAGUCUCUGGGCCUGGUUCUGUACCACAACGACCCGCAACAGGUCCAUCAGCAACGAGGGCUUCAGAAGAAAUGUGGUAGAGCUGACUGGCUGUUGGAGGUCCAGCACCAGCAGAACCUCCGACUCGGGGAGUUCGCCCUCCACUGCCUGAGAGCAUCGGGGAGGAUCUGGAGCAGCGGCAGCGUGGAGGUGAACACGGUGCUGACCGCCUGCACACUGGACGACCUGAGGAUGGGCAUGGAGCGGGUCACCUCACGGAUGGUCGGGCGGAGAGACGAGGACAUCUCGGAGGCCAUGAUUGAUGUGACGUACCGGCAGGACACCUCGGAGCAGGAGGUGGUGGCUGUUUUGCAGAAACUCUAUCUGUGUGCCAGCGUGGAGUUUCUGAUGGCCGUCGCAGAGUUCUUCCUGCAGGCGCUGCCACAGAGUCCAGCUUCCGCCACCUCUUCUGCAGCCAGUGACAGGCUGCCACUGAGACAUACCGCCGAACCACGGGCCGACGCCAAGACCGGCUCCAUGGCCAGGACUCGUGUCCGGGCGGUGGUGGUCGACCCGGAGGUGGUGUUUGUGGCCAGCCUGAUGAAGGCCGACGCUCCGGCCCUUGUGGCGUCGUUCCAGUGCGACUUCAUCCUGCAGGCUGAGGAGGAUGGUGCCCAGAACAUGAGGGCCAACCUGAGGGAGCUGAAGGUCCUCGCCUGCCCCUUCAUCCGGAACAAGGAGGACAAGGCCGUCACCACCGUGCUGAGACCAUGUUCGGUUGCUUUGAAUACCAGAACUCACCCCAACCAACCACUGAGUGGCUCAGUGACGGUGGAGGAAGUCAUCAUCAAGAUCUCACCCUUCAUCCUCAACACGGUGAUGACGAUAACCACCGCCAUGACGGCUAAGCAGAGCGAUGAGCAGGGUCAGGAGCUGAAGCCUCCUGCCGAUGACCUGUGGUCCGUCAUGAACAUCUACAACUGUAACUUCUGGUUUCUGGGAGUGGACCAGGCCACAGAGGUCACCGAGAGCUUCAGAGAGCCGGAUGGACGCAACGAGGGCGAGAGCUUUGCUGCCGAGGUCAAGGUGGUUCAGGUGACUCUGGAAUCUGGUUUGGGUCAUCGGACUGUCCCCCUGCUGCUGGCCGAGUCCUCCUUCAAUGGAUCGGCCAAAAACUGGUCGUCUCUGCUGCAGCUGAGAGCCGACGUGACGCUGGAGGUGAACUACUUUAAUGAGGUCCAUGCCGUGUGGGAGCCCCUGAUUGAACGAGUGGACAGCGGCCAGCGCCGGUGGAACCUGGAGCUGGAGAUGAAGACAAACCCGGUUCAGGACAAGAGUCCUGUUCAUGGGGACGACUUUAUAUUUCUUCCUGAACCUCGCACUGCCAUCAGCAUCUGCUCCAAAGACACCAUGAACAUCACCAUCUCCCAGUGCAGCCUCGGUGUCUUCCACAACCUCGCCAAGGCAUUCUCCGAGGGCACAGCCUCCACCUUUGACAGCUCCCUGAAGGAGAAGGCUCCUUUCACCAUCAGGAACUCUCUGGGGAUUCCUCUCAUUGUGCAGCACAGCGUCAACCUGAGGCCAGUGGGAUCUGCCACUCAGGGAAAACUCCACGAGCUCUCCGUGGAUCAGAGCAUGGACCUGGAGCACUCCAUGUUCGAACCGUCGUCCAGAGGCAAACUGUCGACGCUGCAGCGGCAGGAGAGCUGCCUGUUCAACCUCACUAUCGUGCCCUCCGGAUACAGUGAAAUCUCCAACAUCGCCGUGGACAAACCGGGUCGACGCCUCUACAACAUCCGCGGUCCGAUGCUGCAAGAGGCCGUCUCCGUUCUGCUACAGAUCAACGCCGCUGAAGGCAACAAGGUCAUCACCAUCCGCUCUCCGCUGCAGAUAAAGAAUCACUUCUCAGUGCCGUUCACCAUCCUGAAGUACUGCCCCACGUCCAGGAGUCUGCAGAGCGUUGGACAAGCUGGACCUGAGACGGAGUUUCACAUCACCUUAGAGACAUACAGGUGUCAGCUGUUUGUCCGUCCAGCGGGUCACCUGGAGGGUCAGUACGCUGCGUCCUCCACCUGCGUGGCCUGGAAGGAGCAGGUGCACCGCAGCGCCGAGGUGCGUUCGCUGCUGCAGUGUCCUGCAUGCGACAGCAGCCUGCUGCCGCUGAUGGUCAACACCCUGGCCGUACCCGACGUCCUGCGACACAUCGCCAGCCAUGGGGAGGAGGACUGGGACCCCGCCUACGUUAUUCACCUGCACCCUGUGGCCACGCUACGCAACCUGCUGCCCUACACCCUCCGCUACAUGAUGGAGAGCUCGGCCGACUCCUUUGAGCUCCAGGAGGGCAGCACGUCGGACCUGCUGAACGCUCGUGUCUCAGGUGAGAUCGUGUCUCUGGUUCUGAUGAGGUAUCAGGGCCGUGACUGGCACGGACACGUCCGGAUCGAGCCGGAGAUGCCAGAGUUCUUCGCUCUGUGUCUCACCUGCGACUCGGACAUCAACCUUACGGUAGACAUGAGCGUUCACGUGACGAGGACGGCAGGCCGCCUGCUGCUGUCGCUCUUCAGCCCGUACUGGAUCAUCAACAAGACAUCUCGAGUUCUUCAGUACCGAUCGGAGGACGUCAGCGUCAAACAUCCGGCCGACUACCGAGACAUCGUCCUGUUCUCCUUCAGGAAGAAGAACCUGUUCAGCAAUAGCAAGAUCCAGUUGUGCGUCUCCACCAGCUCCUGGUCGGACGGUUUUUCUCUGGACACGGUGGGAAGUUACGGCUGCGUCCGCUGUCCUGCCAGCAACAUGGACUUCCUGGUUGGCGUCAGCAUCCAGAUGAGCAGCUUCAACCUGACCCGGAUCGUCACUAUGAGUCCCUUCUACACUUUGGUCAACAAGUCCACCUUUGAGCUGGAGGUGGGAGAAGUCCUCAACCCAAUGUCCACCAGGUGGCACUACAUCUCCUCCACCGAGUGCCUCCCUCUGUGGCCAGAGAGCAGCUCAGGGAAGUUGUGUGUCCGUGUGGUCGGCUCUGAAUCUGCCUCCAAGUCCUUCUUCUUCAGCCAGCAGGACAACGGCAGCCUGCUGAGCCUGGACAUGUGCGGAGGUGUCAUCGUGGACGUGAAUGUCUCCGAUCAUUCGACCGUCGUCAGUUUCUCUGAUUAUUAUGAAGGAGCUGCUCCUGUUUUGCUGCUGAACCACACGGCCUGGACCAGCAUCAGCUACACUCAGAGCGGCUCGUCGGUGGUUCGGGAGCUGAAACCCAACGAGGCUCGGCGGUUUGCCUGGGACGAUCCGACGGGAGUCCGGACCCUCCGCUGGAGCUACAUGGAGCAUUCUGGAGAACUGGGCCUGCUGAAGGACGAGGUCGGACAGUUUCCCUACGAUAACCAGUCUCAGGUCCACUGGGUGUCCUUCCUGGACGGACGCCAGCGGGUCCUGCUGUUCACGGAGGACGUUGCUGUGGUGACCAAGGCCCGGCAGGCCGAGGAGCUGGAGCAGUUCCAGCAGGAGGUCAGAGUGUCGCUGCAAAACCUCGGACUGUCUCUGAUCAACAACAGCAGCCGGCAGGAGAUCGCUUACAUCGGCAUCACCAGCUCAGGUGUGGUGUGGGAGAUGAAGCCGAAGAAUCGCUGGAAGCCGUUUAGCCAGAAGAACAUCAACCUGUUGGAGAGAACCUAUCAGGAUCAGCUGAGCGGGAAGACAGAAGGAGGCUGGGUCAGACUGGAGUCCAACCUGGAGGUGAACCUCAGUGGAGCCACCAUGAUGAUGCGUCAGCCGUUUUCCUGCCAGGUGAGGAGGAACUUCCUGUCCGGGAUCCAGGUGGAGUUCAAGCAGUCGAUGCACCAGCGCAGCCUGAGAGCCCAGCUCCACUGGCUGCAGGUGGACAACCAGCUUCCAGGUGCCAUCUUCCCCAUCAUCUUCCAUCCGGUUUCUCCUCCAAAGUCCAUCGCUCUGGACUCAGAGCCGAAGCCCUUCAUCGACGUGUCCAUCAUCACCAGGUUCAACCAGCACAGCAACGUUAUGCAGUUCAAGUACUUCAUGGCUCUUGUCCAGGAGAUGGCGCUGAAGAUGGACCAGGGCUUCCUGGGAGCCUUCCUGGCUCUGUUCAGUCCUGCUGCUGAUCCUCAGGCUGAGCGGCUGAAGUCGGGGCUGAUAGAAGCAGAUCUCCAGGGGCUGCAGGCCGAGCUGAUGGAGGCGUCGCUGACCGACACGUCAGGACUCAGUUUCUUCGAACAUUUCCACAUCUCACCCAUCAAGCUGCACCUCAGCCUGUCUCUGGGCUCCAGCGGUGAAGAUGUAGCUCAGGACGUUGCAGCCAUGCAGUCCCUGAACCUGCUGCUGAAAAGCAUCGGAGCCACACUGACCGACGUGGACGACCUCAUCUUCAAAUUGGCCUUCUUCGAGGUGAAGUACCAGUUUUACCGCAGGGAGAAGCUGAUAUGGGCGGUGGUGCGACACUACAGCGAACAGUUCUUGAAGCAGAUGUAUGUUCUGGUUCUGGGUCUGGAUGUCCUGGGAAACCCGUUUGGACUGAUCCGUGGCCUGUCUGAAGGAGUGGAGGCCUUCUUCUAUGAGCCGUUCCAGGGGGCUGUUCAGGGUCCGGAGGAGUUUGCAGAAGGUUUUGUGAUCGGCGUCCGCAGCCUGUUAGGUCACACUGUCGGUGGUGCUGCAGGCAUGGUGUCCAGGAUCACGGGUUCGGUGGGUAAAGGUCUGGCAGCCAUCACUAUGGACAAAGAGUACCAACAGAAACGACGAGAGGAGAUGAACCGACCACCCAAAGACUUUGGAGAAAGUUUGGCUAAAGGAGGAAAAGGCCUGUUGAAGGGAGUUGUAGGUGGAGUUACGGGCAUCGUCACCAAACCUGUGGAGGGAGCAAAGAAGGAGGGCGCAGCAGGUUUCUUUAAGGGCAUCGGUAAAGGUCUGGUUGGGGUGGUUGCUCGGCCAACAGGCGGCAUCGUGGACAUGGCCAGCAGCACCUUCCAGGGCAUCCAAAGAGCGGCCGAGUCGACGGAGGAAGUGACCAAACUGCGUCCGGUGCGACUGAUCCGGGAGGACGGGAUCAUCCGACCGUAUGACCUGACGGAGUCGCAGGGAUUUGACCUUUUCCAGCGUUCUCAGAUCAAACAGCUGGAAGGAGAAGUGUUCAGAGAUCACUGUCAGUAUCCAGGACACCGCAAGACCAACAUCAUCGUCACCAACAGGAGGGUUUUUUGCGUGAAGGAGAUCGACUUUGUGGGUCACUUCAACAAAGAGUGGGAGUGUUUGUUUGAGAACUUCUAUCGUCCUCCAGCAGUGACGGGUUCUGAGUUAAAGAUUUACUGCAAGGAGCAGCAGAAGUUAAAGCUUCCAAAGAGAGACGGUCAAGAACCGACGAGGAACCUUCAGCUAAGAGACCCCAGAACUGCUCAGAAGCUGCAGACGGCCAUCUCUGAUGCUCAGACGUCGCAGCAGCAGCACCGCAUGGCCAGACAGAAGUCGCAGCGCUUCCUGAAACUGAGCAGCAAACAGUGAGGUCGCUUCCUGACAGCAGCUGAUAUAUCGAUCGAUUGAUGAUUUUUGUCGAUCAAUUGAUGAUUUUUAUCGAUCGAUUGAUGAUUAUUUUUUUCGAUCGAUGAUUUUUAUUGUAUUUGUUCACUGAGGUCAGAUAAUGUGUUACUGUCCCUUUAAGAGGUGACACACCUGCUCAGGUGAAGCUGUCUGGUCAGAGCCUCUCAUCUCACAUGUUGGCAAUGUCAGCAUGCUAACAUGCUAACUAGAAUGCUAACUAGCAUGUUAGCAUUGUAGCUGACACAGUUUAAGAAAAUAAAAGCUCAGCCUCUGCAGCUCUAACGUCUUUUACUCUGAAGGCUGUGAUGUUUUCCUGUUUGCUGUCUCAGCAGAUGUUUUAAUUUCUGAAAUAAAAACAAAGUUUCUGUCCUAAAGAGUUAAAUGUCAGCUGACAUGUUUAAUAUGAGCAGAGAGCUGAUGGUGGAAGUCUUCAGGACCUUUGAACUCUGACCAGAUGAAUGUUUUGAUGUUGUUUCUGCUCGUUUAGGCGCUACUGCCUCAUGUUGGAGAUGAAGCCAUGAAAACCUAAAGAGGAUUUACUUUCCUCACUGUGAUCAUUUUCAGUUAAACACAAAGAUCUGAAAUAAUAAUUCUACAUGAUUAUUUACAGAAAAGAGAAACUACAAGAAACAGAUGAGGCUCUGAGAUGAAGUUUCUGUUAAAGUUCAGGAUUCAUCGUUUUCUUUUAUCAGUGAAUCAGAAUCUGCAGAUCUUUGUUGGAAACUGAAAAAUGAAGAAGUUUGCAUUUAAUUCAGACCUACUGAGAGGAAAUGUUUUCACUUUAAUUUUUACAUCUUUGCUGGAACCAAAAGUCUGUUUGUGUCUCAUGUUGAUGUCGAGGAAGAGUGAAGGAAAUAAAACUCUGACCUGGAGCCUGAA